AAGGGCUCCAUUGGAAUCAAAAUUUCGCAGAGAGAGCGAGAGAGAGAGAAUGGCAGCGGAGGACGAUAACGGAGAGUUCUACCUGAGAUACUACGUCGGGCACAAGGGGAAGUUCGGGCACGAGUUCUUGGAGUUUGAGUUCAGGCCCGACGGAAAGCUCCGAUAUGCCAACAACUCCAACUACAAGAACGACACAAUGAUCCGCAAGGAGGUCUUCCUCACCCCCGCCGUUCUCAAGGAGUGCCGCCGUAUUAUCACCGAAAGUGAGAUUAUGAAGGAAGACGACAACAACUGGCCAGAGCCGGACCGGGUGGGGAGGCAAGAGCUGGAAAUUGUGAUGGGGAACGAGCAUAUCUCCUUCACUACUUCUAAGAUUGGCUCGCUUGUUGAUGUUCAGAGUAGCAAGGAUCCUGAGGGCCUUAGAAUUUUCUAUUAUCUUGUUCAGGAUUUGAAGUGUUUUGUUUUUUCACUUAUCUCCCUUCACUUCAAGAUCAAGCCUAUCUAAUGAGGAAACAAUUUCCUGCUCUACCAUGUGCAUCCAAAGCUGCUGGGUUUCUUUCAUUUCCGUAAUUUUACAUGCAGAUUUUGCCAUUUGAGAGUUGCCUUAGUUAGACGAACAAUCUUGCUGGUGUAUGGUUGUGAUCAUUUGUAUUUGUAAACAUUUGAUCGGUGCUAGUUCAAUUUUUGCUGAGUGCUUACUGGUUUGGAGCAUGGUUGCAGACGAUACAGUAAAUGUCUAGUUUUAAGUUCAACAUGAUUGUUUAGCAUUGACUUCUGGAACGAAUCUACUGGUUAUUUGAAUGUACUGGUUUCUUUGUUUUUGGAAAUGGAGGUUCGUUACGCGAGCUUCGUUGCAAUAUGGAUGUUGAAUAAAGAAUAGGGAUGUUGAAGAUUA